ACGCUCGGCUAGAAAAUCAAUAUUUUCGCUGAACUAUCGCUUGGCAGCAUCCAAUCAAAAACCAACAACUAAUUGCUCAAAAUCCGACUCAAAAUCAUCCGCUCAAGUGAAAAUUACGUGCACGUGGACAAUAAACACCCAGGCGCAAGUUUGUGAGAUCGAAUCACGCCUAUAUAUAGUCACAUUCGUUGAAUCCCAGCAUCCAGCAUCAAACACGCAGAAUGCCAUCGAAGUCAAAGACGACCGCGAGCGGUAUUCGAGAUGAGGACCUCUCGACGGAAUCGGUGGAAGUGCUCCGCGAACGUUUGAACCAGAUGAAGCGACUGAUUGCGGAACGGCAAAACACUACCCCCAGCGGUACUGCUUCCGAUCUGUGGUCCCCGCAGACCCGGUCCAACUGCAGUGGCAUCAUCGACGGGAACUUUCUUUCGAUGGCGUUCGGCGGAGCGCUGAUUGUGAUCCUGUCGGUAUCGGUGUACGCAUUCUACAACCUGUACCAUGCCGUGUUGAAGAAGUUCCCCUCGCAGCACACGGAGCUGUAAAUCAUCCUUUUUGAGAAUAUCCUUGCUCUUGAAUAAUA